GAUUUCCUUCACUGUUAAACUCGUGACAAUAUGGCGCGAUUUCGAUAAGUAUAUAAUCUUAAAAAUUCAAAUAUGAUUUAGUACUAAUAUUGAUGUCAAUUUAAAACAUUAACAUGGCACAAAUUUCUAAAAAUUCUGGAAAUCAACAACAAAGGCAUCUUGUACAAGGAUUACUCAGUGAAAUAUAUCAUCGUUACAGAGCUGAUCAACAACUCGAUAGCUCGACGGAGACUUCAUGCUUAUCAGAUGCAACUCAUAGCGGAGGACAUCAAGCUUAUUCUGAGACACUAGAGGAGCUAAAACGACAACAAACUAGAAAAUUACAAAAAUUGUUUUUGGAAGCGAAAUCCCUUUCAGAAGUAACAGCAAUACGGGAUGAAUUGGAUGAAAGAGUCACUGUUAUAUCAGCAAAAUUAGUUCGCCAACUCAGGCAGAGGUCUCGUUUGAGAGAAAAACAUCAAAGGUAUUGUGACAUGCUGACAGCGAUAUUACAAGCCGUGUCACAAAAACGUCGCAUUGACGCCAGGUUGAAUUUUAGUCUUGAACCAAGUCCUGGUAAACAUGGAUUUAAACAAUGGAGAGAAACACUGAGGGCCAUAUUAAGGCUACCUAGAGGAAUUCCAGAACAAUGGAGAAAAAAAGUUUGGGGAUAUUUGGCCGAAAAUUAUAUUCAAGAAAGGACAGAAAAAAAUUGGAAUUUGACAGCCCGUCAUGUUUUUAGCGACCGUUUUAACCCCGACGAUGAUCGACUUGAUAAUCAAAUUGUAAAGGAUUUACAUCGGACUGGAUAUACAAAUAUGUCUGGUGAUAAUAGUGAAGAGGAGAGAAUGGUUUUAAAACGAGUGUUGCUCGCUUAUGCACGAUGGAAUAAAGAAGUCGGAUACUGCCAGGGUUUCAAUGUCUUAGCUGCUCUCAUAUUAGAAGUAACACAAAAUAAUGCACAACUCGCAUUAAAAAUAAUGAUAUAUCUUGUGGAUGGGGUUCUACCAGAGAGUUAUUUUGCUGAUAAUUUGCGAGGACUUUCUGUCGAUAUGGCCGUGUUUCGUGACUUGUUGCGUGCCAGGUUACCAGAACUAUCAAAACAUUUUGACAUGCUUCAGAAACAAGCGAAUGAAAAUGGUCGUGCGCAUUGUUAUGAGCCACCUUUAACGAAUGUAUUUACAAUGCAAUGGUUUUUGACUUUAUUUGCAACUUGUCUUCCUACAAAUACAGUUCUAAGAGUUUGGGAUUCUGUACUUUUAGAUGGAAGUGAAAUUUUGCUUCGGGUUGCCUUGGCGAUUUGGGCAAAGCUCGGAGAACAAGUUGGUACGUCUCAAACAGCUGAUGAAUUUUAUGGUGCAAUGGCAGGUCUCACCCAACAAACAUUGAAUGGAAAAUUUAUCUGUGCUGAUGAAUUGAUGAAAACUGUGUAUAAGAUUGCUACUUUCCCAUUCCCAAGAUUGAAAGAGCUUCGUGAAAAAUACAAAUAUAAUAUCACUCCUUUCGCUGCUGAUUCUGAUACGAAUGGCGAAUUUGAUCGUACAAAGCAUAAAGACUAUAAAUACAGUUUAUCACAUGAUAGCACUACGGCAAGUGAAAGUGAACCAGAGUCGCAACUUGAACGAAUCGCAGACAACGAGAUGAAUUACUAUGAAGAUGACGGUGGUACGUUCUCAUGCUUCGGAGGACAUUCUACAAAGUUGCCAAAGAACAAAAACAAAGCAAAGAAAGUGGGAGAUUUAAAAAGUGCAAAUCCAGGAGCUUUUGAUGCAAAUUCAGGCUCCGCUAAUAAUCCAAAUGGCAUGAUGGCUGAAAGAAUGUCAACUGAUAUUGCUGCAUUAAAACGACAGUAUAUGAAGAUUUGCAAUCGUCAAUUACAAUCAAACUAUUUAAUUUACACUAAAUCUGGUGAAACUAAAGCAAAAAAAGAAAAUCCCACUAAUACACAAGUUAUAUCUUUGAUCUCUGGGAUGCCCGAAGCACGUUCCCCGGUUGCGGUGAAUCAUUUACUCAUCGGCAGACAGGGUAAUAAGAAAUCUCAUCAAACGGAUUCAACAGUGGAUUUAAAUCGUACUUCACUGCCAUGGAAAGACGCAGUUUUUGUUCAAAAAUUGAAAUCUCCGAAUCGGAUAAAACCAAAACCAAUCAAGAAAGUUCCUAACCCUGUGGCGAAGAAAUUAAAUCCUGAAAUAAACGAUGAAAAACCACCAGAAAAAGAGAAGAUUGAAACAAUGAAUUCAUAGCAUCGAAAAAUGGUAGUAGAAAAUAUACUCUACAACUAUAACUAUCUGAAUACACUUAUUGAUUGGCUUUUUGUCCAAUUUAUGAGUCUUGAGGAGUUUAAUUCUGAAAAUUGUUCUUGACCAAUUUCUUGGACAUUAUUAACCUAGUUCAGAUCUUGUGCUUUUAAUUUCCUAAGAAAUAGUACAAGAUUGUUAACAUAUAAAAAGUGCAAUUGAUUUAAUCCCAAUUUCUUCAAUAUUGUGAAUCUUAAUUAUUUUUACAAAUUUUUAGUAGAUUUAAGUAUUUUAUUGAGUGUACUACAGCAUUUUUAUGUCUUAGUCUUGGUAUUUUCAAUUUAUUUUUUGCAUUGUUGAAUUGUACUGUAGUUAAAUUAAAUGAUAUCAGGCUUCAUCCAGAAAAUAAAAGGGGAUGAAUAUCUAAGAUUAAAUUUAUGAAUCAUAUUUUACUAAAUUCUAAAAGCUGCUUAACAUUAGUCUGGAUUCAGUUUGCCAAUGGAACUUUUUGCACAAUAUUUCAGGUGCUAUAUGCUGUUAAUUAAUCCUUGUGUCUGAUUCAUUUGUGAAAUAUUUUUUUAUUCUGUUUUACUGCCCUUGUAAUACCUUUUUUGAUAUUUGCACAUAUAUUCUUGAUAUAAAUGUACCCGGUGCAGAAUCAUUGUGUAGACCAGCGGUUCCCAAACUAUGGGUCGCAAAAGGAAUCUUAGUGUUUCGUAAGCUUUUAUUAAAUAUACUGGGUAUUAG